AUGUUUAGUUUUAAUUGGAAUACAAUUGAUGAAUCGACAUUUCAAGGGUAUUUGAAUAAAUAUACAAAUGCAUUUAAAGGAUAUCAAACACGAUAUUUUGUAUUAGAUUCCGAGACAAAAAGUUUACUUUAUUUUAUGCCAGAUGAAGUUCGAAAAAAAGGUCCAAGAGGUGUAAUUGAUUUAACAGAUUGUUGGAUAUCACCAUCGAAUGAAGAUGAUGUUACUUUUACUUUACAAAUAGGAAGUGGUGAUUCAUUUAAAUUUCGAGCUAGUGAUGCUAAAGAUAGACAAAAGUGGAUUGAUAAAUUACGAGUAUGUUCUGGAUUAAAAGCAGCUGAUAUUUUUGUUUCAUCAUUAUCAUCAUCAAAAUCUAAUUUAAUUAAUUUAUCAUCAUCUCCAAAUGAUGUACAAACUCGUUCAUCAAAUCGACGAAAUUCACAAAUCUAUCAUCAUCAACAAACUUUAAAAGAAAUGAAAGAAGUCAUACAAUGUGUUGAAGUAAAUCAGCGAGAAUUUGUCGAAACAAUAGAAGCAAUACCAGAUAGAAGUCAUCUAAACUCAUUAUCUAAAGAUAUGUUACUACUUCGUUCUAUAUCUCAAUCAUGUAUACAUUCAUUACAAGACAGUUUGAUCAUACUCACUCGAAGACGAACACCUGACACGGAACCUCUUUCUCUAUCUGUACCUUCACCUCAUUCACCACAAUCAACAAUGUCAAAUCUAUCCGGUAAACAAUUGAGUCAAUCAUAUAAUAGUGGUACUAGUGGUAAAUCAAAUUUAAGUACUGGUUUAUCAUCACAAUCGAAUUCACAUUCUUCCUUGAGUAAAACAUCAAGUCUCAGUGGUCUUAGUCAAUCACCAUCGCCGAAUGAUACUACAUUAUCAAUAAAAAACUUACGACCUAAUGUUGGUACUCCGAUUAGUACAUCAGAUUCAUUACAGUGA